AUGUCCCUCGAGCCUCUUUCUCUCCCCUCCCUCCUCUCCCUCCCCGUCGAAGCGGUUUCCGCGAAGCUUCGCUCCACGCCGCCCGCGCAUUUGGAGCAGCUCCGUGUUUCGCUAUGGGACAUCCUUGGCACGCCCGACCGCAAGCCGGAAUUCCUCUCCCUACAGCGCCUGCUUAUAACGCGUACGGGCGCCGGCGCCGUCCUCACCGCGGAGUCGCUCUCCCGCGCGCACUACACGCAUCUUAAGAUCCUCGUCGCGGUUCGGACCGGCAUCCAGGCGUUUCUACACCCCGAUAUCGCCAUCCCGCCAUCGUCUUUAAUCGAAAUCUUCCUCCGCCGCCGCUGUCAGAACAUGGCCUGUCAGAGCCCGCUUCCCGCGGGGGGCUGCCGCUGUCGUUUCUGCACGACGGGCAACGGCGAACCGGGGGGAUCCGGCCGGGCGGGAGCCGACGGGGGAGCGACAAAAUCCGCCGCAGUUUCCGGUACCACGAGCACCACUGGUACUCUUAACAGGGGGAACUCAGGCACAGGCACCAGCGCUGGGAUUGCUUCUACCACGGAAAUUGGCGGGGGGUUUUGCAAUUUGUGCAUGUGUGUCGCAUGCGGGAAAUUCGAUUUUGACACCAACACGUGUCGGUGGAUCGGAUGCGAUUUUUGUCUGCAUUGGUGCCACACGGAUUGCGCGCUCCACAUGGGGUUCGUGCGCCAUGGCGCAGUGGGGGCUGGGGGAAGUGCGGGCGGCGCUGGGGGAAGAGGCGGGGGGAUUGCGGAGGGGGCCGCGCAGGGCGGGCAGUCCGCGGACGGGGCGACGGCGGGGACGAGUGCGCAGUUCGCGUGCCCCGCGUGCGCGCGGUCGUCAGAGCUGUUUGGGUUCGUGCGCGACGUGUUCCGCCUGUGCUCCGCCCAGUGGGACGCGGAGGCCGCGCGGAGGGAGCUGGAGUGCGUCGGGGGAAUCUUCGGCGCAAGCACGGACGCGCUCGGGCGCGAGCUUGCGCGGAGGGCGGCGCUGGCCCUGCGGGAGCUACGGGAGGGGCGCAGGGCGUGCGCGGACAUCUGUCGCGACAUGCAGCUUUUUUUCGCCAGCAGUGAGUGGGGUGGUUGUCGUUUGGCUUGCUUGUAUUCAAGCCGCCGUUACAGAAGGUUACAUUCAGGGUUUAUGUGGCGUUUGGAAGUUCGGGUCAGGGUAUGUUUUCUCUCGUGUGUUCCCUUCGUGCUUUAA